UGCACGAAAAAGUCAAAACAACGGGGAACAUGGUGCUCAGAGGGGUGAAUGUAGAGGCAAAGAUACAUGUUCUAAAUGAAAUAUUAUACAAGUAGAUGUGCUAGUUCAGUUCACAAGACGCAGUUUCUUAGUAUUUAUUUAUUUAUUUUGGUCAGCGAAUUAGGUGAACUCACUGGACAGCCCAGUCAACAUUAGCUCGGUUAGCUAGCUGCUACCCAAAGAACCAGAGUCAUCAUCAUUUCCCCGCAUUGGCGUUAUUGUCCUUUAGGGCCAUUUUAACUACAAUGGAUACAUACCCCAGUGUCUCCGAUCAGUUCGUCGACUCUACGAAACAGCAAGAGCGUCAUUACUACCUACUGUCCGAGCUCCAAACCCUCGUUAAAGACCUCCCGAGCUCUUUCCAGCAGCGUCUCUCCUACACCACGCUGAGUGACCUGGCUCUGGCGCUCAUCGACGGCGCGGUGUACGAGAUCGUGCAGGGCUUGCUCGACAUCCAGCACCUGACGGAGAAGAAUCUCUUCAACCAGAGACAGAAGCUGCACACAGAACACAGAAUACUCAAACAGGAUCUGAUACGCAAGCACAAGCAAGCAUUGCAGGUCUGCAAGUCUCACAACCUGGCCCUCCUGAAAGCCACGCAGCGAACGGAGACGGAGGCUCUGGAGCUGCGUGUGCGUGAGGAGCAGAGGAUGAUGGACGAGAAGAUCAUCGCUGAGAUCGACCAGAAGGUUCUGGACCAGCAGAACACGCUGGAGAAGGCCGGAGUGCCCGGAUUCUACAUCACCAACAACCCACAGGAAGUGACCAUCCAGAUGAACCUGCUGGAGUUGGUCCUGAAGCUCCAACAGAAGGAGACGCAGUCAAGAACUCUUCCUUGAGUAUGUAAGCUCUGCCCUGCAUACAUUAUCUCCAUUACCUCUGCCCUGAGUACAUUACCUGAGUACAUUACCUCUGCCCUGAGCAUGGCAGCUCUGCCCUGACAGCUUCCUCUGUGUACAUUAGUGGGAUUUGAUCCAUAAUGGAUGAAUGUUUCCACUCGGCCUGUAUGAUUCUCAUAUGCGCUCAUCUGAUUGGUCCAAAGAUCCCUCUGUCCUACUGACUCACGGAGGAACAGAUCUGAUUGGUCCAAAGGUCCCUCUGUCCUAUUGACUCACGGAGGAACAGAUCUAAUUGGUCCAAAGGUCCCUCUGUCCUGCUGACUCACGGAGGAACAGAUCUGAUUGGUCCAGAGAGCCCUCUGUCCUGCUGACUCACGGAAGAACAGCUGGCAGCACAAAGGACUCCAGAGCGAUCUGAUUGGUCUCCAUGGCGAUGGGACUUUUCAAAUCGGCUGCUAGACGUCUUCAAAAUGGCCUCCAUUCCAGCACAGCCUGCUGCUGUCCAUCAGUUAGUGUGCAGCGAGGCUCGGCCUCUACACCUGCAGGACUCUGGGAGGUGGACAGGCCUCUUGAGUUGGACAACAUUAUCACCUUAUUUCUUUCUUUCUUUCUGUCUUUCUUUAUUGCUUUCUGUCUUUCGUUAUCUCCCCCUCUGACUUUCUCACUCUCACUCUCACUCUCACUCACUCACUCUCUCUCUCUCUCUCUCUGAGUUAGACAUGAUCAUCUUCAGUGCUGCAGGGGACUGAUUAGCCAGCGCAGCAGGGAUGCACCACAUCAGUGCUGCUCAGUGUCAGUGCUGCUCAGUGUCAGUUUAUUUUGGACCGUUGAAGUGAUACAGACACUGUAAAGACUGCUGCAGUAGUUUAAAUCUUCUGUUUGUUUCUUGUAUGUUUUAUGGCCUUUUUUGUUUCCUCUUGAGAUGCGUACAUAGUGAAAUUACCGGAUAUAUUUUUGUUUUGUUGGAAGUAUAGUCUUUUCCUCACAGUGUGUUCAAAGUCAUUGUAAAAAGGAGCUUAAGAUGUCUUUCAGUUAUUGUGGCGAAUAAACAUUAAGGUAAAACUC